GAAGUGACAAGGGGGCGGGCGGCAGGUGCGCGCGGCCACGGAGCAACAACAGCAGCAGUUCUGCCACCAUGGAUGAUUUGAGCUCGGAUUCGGACGACGCCAAGCUGACUACCAGCCGCAGUGACAGUCGGAGUCCAGCGGAAUCUAAAAGGCCUGCUGUACCGAAGCCAAAAAACAAUUUGGAAGCAGCUGAGAUCUGGUGCUCCCGCAUUCCUGAUGAUCAGAUGAAGGAUUACUGCCACACCAUAGACUUGAAUAUUUUAUGGCCCUUUCUGUUCACCCGGAAUGAAAAACCUGACCGUUAUAUACAGUGGGCAUUCACAGCCCAAUUCAUCGAUGAGGUGGAUUAUGAUGCCCUCGGAUUAACUAUGGAUAAGCUGGACCGCGUGGAGCUGCUGGAAUCAGUGCUGAGAUUCAUGAAGAAACGAAUUAAAUCCACGAAAUUUGUCUCCUGUUUAUUGGAUUUAUUGGAUAAAACACAAAAGGCCAACUGUGACCUGGAUGGUGUCAUUGCCCUGAUCGAGAAGACGGGAGAGUUCAACUCGUUGCGAGGAGAGGUCAAUUUCAGAAAGAGGAGGUUACGCAUGACAGCCAUUGCCAUUUGCUGCUUUCAGUAUGCUUUUUGUGUAAAGAUGGCGGCCGUAGAUAAUGAGAACCUGCACUCGCUAAAGAGUUACGUAGGCAGUGAACAGUUGAAGAAAAGCGAAGACUAUAAAACCAAAGGCAAUGAAGAGUUCAACAAAGGAAACUACUCAGCUGCUGUCAGCCUAUACUCCAAGGCAAUAGAUAUGAGUCCAAUCAAUGAAAUUCUAUAUGGAAACCGAGCCCUCUGCUUUUUACGUAUAGAAAAUUACGGAAAUGCACUCGGUGACGGAAAAAGAGCCACUUUGUUAAAGUCUGAUUGGCCGAAGGGUCACUAUCGUUUCUGCACUGCCUUGUUUUCGAUGGGGGAGCAUCAGCGGGCCAUCAGUGCCAACAUCACAGCACAGUCGCUGUGCAAGCAAAACCAAGAGGGGUUUCAGGACCUCGUCCAGCAGAAGAAAAAGUUCACCAGAAGACAACAGGAAGCAAGCCGUGAUUGUGGAAAACCGAGGACGGAUAGGUUAAAGAAUGAGACGUUUGCUAAAAAGACUGACGGUGGUCAAGCCUCAGAGCUGAGCUCCCGGGAGUCAAAGGGCGUUAAAGAUGCCUGCAAGCACGAAAAGGACUCAAACACUCGGGUGCAAAAGGAUGUGGGGAAAUGUGAGACCGACAGCAAGCAACCUGGAUCUGUCACGGAUUUAGAGGCUAACCGGGACGGUACCACUGGCCACUCAAUAGAGGAUGCAGCUGUCAAAGAGCAAAAGAUAGAAAUCAAAGCAAAGGAUAUCUCAAACGGAAAACCCGAAGGAAAGUCCAGAGAACAGCCAAGACCCCUAAACCAGCACGUCUGCCCACACGGCAAGAGCAUCUCCAAGAGGAGCCAGGAGAGAAAUGGGUCAAAGGCCCCUCCCCAGCCAGCCCCGGAAAAGGCCCACGACUCGACCCGUUUGGUGGAGAGGCUGAAGUCUUUAAUUCAAGCGGGGCACACAGCCUUAUCAAGCCAACGCUGCCGCAAUGCAGAGCACGACUUCCUACAGGCGCUCAAACUGCUUGAUCCCACGAAGUUAAAGGAGAUUUCGUUGUCGACCACUGAUUAUGUGGUGCUGAUCUAUGGUCGUGCCUGUGCUCUCCUUGGUAUAGGACACCCCAAGGAACUCGACGAAGCAGAACAUCAGUUUAAUCGUAUCUUGGUGCAGUAUUCAGAAGAGCGGUUUGGAAGCUUGGCUUUCUACGGGCUGGGCAGAGUGUGCUUCAAACAGAACAGAUUUACCGACGCCCACAGCACUUUCACCAAAUCCCUCACAAUGGUGAACCGUAAGAUUGUUCCCGGGAUACUGACCUGGCCCAAGACAGCCGUGAUCAUUGAAGAAACAGACAGUGGACGUUUAAAGAUAGCAUUGGAGGAAUAUAUUGUAAAAUGCCGAUUUCCUCCGAAGUCAGAUGCCAUUUGCCGCUACCAACAUUGCCAGGGACACCCCAAAGUCCAAAUCUACUUCUCAGACCCAGACUUUAAGGGCUUUAUUCGGGUGAUGUGUUACCUGAAGUGUCACGUGGAGUACCACAUCAACUGUUGGAAGAAGCUGAAGGCAAUAGCCUUUGAGGAUAAAAAUGACAAGGAUUUUCUGAGGAGUGCGUGUUUCACUCCUGACUGCGGGGGCAAAAUCUCAAAAAUUGUCAUCUUCAGCUCGAAGGGUCUGAUGAAGUGUGAGUUUGAAGCUAAAAUGGUAAGAGACACGGAACCUCCGAAAGCUGUCAUCAAACAGAAAUGCUCGAGUGCUUUCAAGUUGAGGUUUAAAGAGGAGCGUAAACUAAAGAGGAAACAGUCAAGAAAAGAAGCAUCUCGAAUCAUCGCUGAGAGACAGGCAAAGGAAAGUCACGCAAACAUCGGCAAAUGCGAAGAGGCCAAUUUCAAAAUGGGUCUGUCUCCCUCCCGGAGCGCUCACCGAGACUGGAUGCUGCAGCUGGUCAGCGAGAACCAGGAGCAGUUGCAAAGCGGGGUUCAGGACUUCUCGGGCCUGCUCCCCGAGUUGCUGUCGUCUCACGUGCUGAGCGAGGAGGACUCUGCCGCCAUCUUCGCCGGAGCCUGCGAAGCCCAGGAGGCCAUGGGGAGGCUCCUGGACCUGAUCGUGCACAGGAAUAACCGUGUGCAAACCAGGCUGUUUCUCUACGCCCUCACCAAGUGCCAAGGGGUCGAUAACAAGCUCCUGGAGUGGAUCAACCGCUUAAAUAACACAAGCCUCAAAGCCGCAGAGCUGUUCGUAUUGCGCUACUCGCACUGUAUAGAGCGGUUGGAUGCGGGCCCACUGCUGGAGGUGUUGGACGAGGCAGGGAUUAUCCUGCCCCGGAGAGUCACGGCACCGAACACAUUGUGGAGACCCUAAAAAUAGUCUCGCCAGUGAACACCCGUACUUUUAUAUGGAUAUUGGAGAAGAAUAGAGAGAAUUUCCCUUCCCUGCACAACGCUUUAGACGAAUAUUUUAACGUAAUGGGUACGUGCUUCGUCAGUAAUAAUCCUUG